AUGGCACUCCUACAAUCCCUUCUCCUUCACUUGUCCUUAGUUAUCUUAUUGUCAUCAACAUCUAUAGUCACCGUAGUUUCCUUCCCUGGCAGCUUAUGGUUUAUGUACCAGUCUCCUCCUCCUCCUCCUCCCUUUCACUACACAUACCCGUCCCCAAGGCCACGUCACCAUCAUCACAAGCAUAAAUGCCCACCUCCGCCACUUUCAUAUACCUACAAAUCACCACCACCUCCGCCGCCCGUCUACCGAUACAAGUCACCACCACCACCAUCGACUGUUUAUAAGUCACCACCACCACCAUCGCCUGUUUACAAGUACAGGUCACCACCACCACCCCCCUCGCCUAUCUACAAGUACAAGUCACCAUCACCACCACCACCCCUUUACAAGUACAAGUCACCGCUACCACCAUCGCCCGUUUACAGAUGCAAGUCACCACCACCACCAUUUCCCCUUUACAAGUACAGGUCACCACCACCACCCUCGCCCAUCUACGAGUACAGGUCACUACCACCACCACUCCUUUACAAGUACAAGUCACCACCACCAUCGCCCGUUUACAAAUACAAGUCACCACCACCACCGUCACCCGUUUACAAGCACAGGUCACCACCACCACCACCUCCUGUUUACAUGUACCGAUCACCACCACCACCACUAUCUUAUUAUCAUUACGUUUCGCCUCCACCACCACCUAAGCAUCACCAUCAUCGCCGUCACCGUCACCAUCACCAUCACCACCACAGUCCCAAAUGGUCACCAUAUCCAUAUAUUUAUUACCAGUCCCCACCGCCGCCGCCUAAACAUUACUAG